UCUCUCUCUCACACACCUCUCUCUCUCUCUCUCUCUCUCUCUCUCUCUCUCUCUCUCUUAAUUUGUGUGGCUUCUGUAGAAUCAUCUAGCUGUUGGCAGCUACCAGCAGUGUGCUUGGGAGAAAAGUGGAGAACAGCGUAUUUUCAAGAAAGCUGAAUUUUACCUUUCUGUAAUAGUUUUCAUCAGCUUCACUUUUUAAAAUUCUGAGAUUUAGGAGUACUAGGGAUCAAGAAAAAGAGAGAGAAUGUUACAUGGUAUGUUGGUUGAUGACAGUAUGUCAAAUUUAACAUCUGCAUCCAAUGAAGCUAGCAUAUCUUCAAGCAACAGAACUGAAAUUCCAACUACUGUCUACCCACAACAGUCCUUUGCAAUUUCACCUGAUAAUCCGACACAACCAGCACCUAAGAAGAAAAGAAAUCUUCCAGGCAAUCCAGACCCUGAGGCUGAGGUGGUAGCUUUAUCUCCAAAAAGUCUUCUUGCAACAAAUAGAUUUAUAUGUGAGAUUUGUAACAAGGGAUUUCAGAGAGAUCAGAAUCUUCAGUUACACCGAAGAGGGCAUAAUUUGCCAUGGAAACUAAAGCAAAGAAACAGCAAAGAGGUAGUAAAGAAGAAGGUUUAUAUAUGUCCAGAGCCAAGCUGUGUGCACCAUGAUCCUUCAAGGGCUCUGGGGGACCUCACUGGGAUAAAGAAACACUUCAGCAGAAAACAUGGUGAGAAGAAGUGGAAAUGCGAAAAAUGCUCAAAGCGUUACGCAGUUCAGUCCGACUGGAAAGCUCAUUCUAAAAUUUGUGGUACCAGAGAGUAUAGAUGUGAUUGUGGAACACUCUUUUCCAGGAGGGACAGUUUCAUCACCCACAGAGCUUUUUGUGAUGCUUUAGCAGAAGAAAGUGCAAGGUCAAUGACACAAAUGAACCCAAUUUUGUCUUCCCAACAAGGCACUUCAUCUACACCCCACCCACCCCACCUCCAUGGCCUUCAACCAUUUUCACUCAAAGAAGAACAACAAAUGUUCAGUUCAAGAUCUGAAAUACCUCCAUGGAUGACAGUAGACUCUGGGCUAGGUGCAGCAGGUCCACCGCGUAGUGAAUUAUUCACCUCCUCAUCAAGGUUAGAACAGUCGAUUCUCCAUCAAGAAAACACAAACCCUAAAAAUCCAACAUUUUCUUCUGCUUUGAAUCCUUCUCAUCACAUGUCUGCAACUGCUUUGCUGCAAAAGGCAGCACAAAUUGGGGUUACAAUGAGCAGCAGCAACAGCAAAACAUGUACUGCUCAAUCAGAUGGAAUUUUUAGGGCCCACCUGGCUCACAUGGGUGCACCAGGAUUCAGUGCUACAUCAUUGGAGUCCUCUACAGCUGGUGCUGGACUGGGUUUGUCCUCUUCACGUGAAGAGAUAGCAACGGGUUUUGUUAAUGUCACGUCAGGUUGCAUGGAACAACUUGUAGGUGCAACAGUGGGAGCCAAUUCUUCUAUGCUUCAUGAUAUGAAUAUGUUGACUUCUUUGCCUCCAAAUAGUGGGUUCGAAGGAUCAGCAGCCUUUGAGGAUACUUUUAACAGAAUGUUGAACUCAAAAGGAGUCAAUAAUUUUCAAGAAAAUCAUCCAAAUCCAGGGACUUCCCAUUUGAACAUUGUAAGCAAAGAAGCCACCGCUCCUGGUGGCAGUGGCGCCGGUGGCAAUGAUGGAAUGACUCGGGAUUUCUUGGGUCUUAGAGCAUUCCGUCAUAGAGAUUUUCUCAAUAUGGCUGGUUUUGGUCAAAUGGGUUCUUCCUCAUAUGACCAGCAGACUCAUCAACACCAAUCACCAUGGCAAAAUUAGCAUCUGAAAAAACCAAAAAAUAAUAAAAUGAGUUCAUUGCUCCCUGGCCAGACAGUGAGGCAUCGAUCUGUAUCCAAUCUCCAGAUGCAUAAAUGCUAGAAUUUUUUUCCUGUUUAUUUCUUCCUUAGAAAUCUAUUGGAGGGGAGCUAAGCACCUUCCAAAUUUGCCGUAUUAGUACUAAGAAUUGAAUUCGUGCCACUUUAAAUUUUUUUUUUUUAGCGUUCGAUUUUAUGAUUGUAAUGUGCUUUUCAUCGUGAGUCUCCUAGUAUAUAAUAAUUUCACCAAUGUC